CCGCCGCUGGCGGCGGCGCCCGGCGCGCCCUGCGCGCCGGGCGGCGAGGAGCGGCCUGGCGCGGCGCGGCGGAGGCCGGCGAGGGUCCCAGGAGCGGAUGCGCGACAAGAUGCUCAAGCUGCAGCGGCAGUCCCAGGAGGUGGUCCGCUGGGAGGCGCAGCAGAUCUCCCUGCUGGGCCUGCGGCCCACGCUCUGGAUGGAGGUCUUCGACAAGAAGCACCGGCCGGGGGCCGUGCUCUACGGCUACUGGCAGCGGUGGGAGCUCUCCAACACCGAGCUGGGCUUCUUCGACUGGCUGGACUCCGGUCCAGGCUCCCUGGUGGACCUGCCGACGUACCCCCGCAGGCUGCUGGACGAGUGGCACGUGCUGUACCUCACGAACGAGCAGCAGCAGCUGUUCGAGGUCGAGAUCGACCCUGCCACGGGACUGUUCUCGUGGGGCCUGGACGGGAGCUUGGUGACGCUUCCCGCGGAGAUCAGACCUGAGGAGGAGGAGGAGCUGUCCCAGCGAACAGAGAGGGAGAUCAGAGUGGGCGAGCUCAUACAGCCGAGGCUCCAGAAGAGCGUCUACCGGAACAGGCUCCUGGAGCGCCUCCGGGCCGACGUGGAGCGGGCAGAGAAGCUCAGAGAGGAGCCCACGCGAGAGCGGAUUGGGCUCAUGACUCAGGAGCUGAGGGACGAGGGGCUGCUCCGCCAGCUGCGCGACCCCUUCUUCCGCGAUCGGCUGGAUGCCGACGCUCAGCCUUCGACGCCCGCGUCGGCGAAGAGGCUGUCAGUCAGCCUCGCCGACGUCGACGACAUCAAGACGUGCAUAAGACUGAGGUCCAGAAGCACCGUCGACGAUCUAGGCAAGCACUGCCUCAUGCAAGACCUGCUCCCGAACCUCUCCUGGAGCCAAGUCCUCGACGCCGUGGACCACGAGGAGGGCCGCAAGAUGGCUGGCGGAAGCCGCCUCGCGGACGAGGGCAGAGCUAAGAAAGGCAUAUUCGUGCUGGACAAAUUCGGCAAGUUGUACUGCGGGCCCAAGCUACGCGGGACGUUCCAGCACUCGUCAUUCGUCCGCGGCCACUGCGUGAAGGUGGCGGGCGGCAUCCGCAUCUCGAACGGCAAGGUUCUGGAGCUCUCGCCACACUCGGGCCACUACCAGCCCCUGCCAGAGCAGAUCAGCAGGAUGCGGGAGGAUUGGGCGCGCAAGGGCGUCGACUUCACGAGCGUGGUGGUGAAGCCUUACGAGAAGUAGCGGCCAGGGUGGCCCCAUUCCCGUAUGCUCGCCCUACGCCUACACAUUAUCCUUACACCUUCUCCCUCUCCUCCUACCCUUCCUCCGCGUCGUCUUGUUUGGGGAGUGGCCGCCAGCACUCGCUGUUGCGACAUCUAGCGUCAGUGUUUGGCUUGCUGUCUCCGCCUUGAGGGUGGCGUGCUUGGCCGCAGUUUGACGCAUCGUGUGUGUCUCACUUUCGGUCGGCUGCAUGUUGGGCGGCCGGCACCUACAUCAGCCCGUGCGAUUUCCGCGCACUGCUUCCGCUUAGUGGGCGGAGGCCGGAAGCGUGAAGCGGCGAGCGCUGCAACUUGCGCCGACCUCCGGUCAGGGGGCCCGCACCUUUCGCCCGUUGCGGGAAAGUUCCUCUCGGUGGCGCUGGCUCCCUGCGGCAAAGCACUUCUCCCUCCUGCUCCUCCUCCUCCUCCUCCUCCUCCUCCUCCUCCUCCUCCUCUUCCU